ACCGGCAGUUUCAGAGAUGCGCUCUUCACGUUUGUUUCUUGUACCUCUUCUCUUUAUAUUUUUUCGCACAUCCAGGUCAAACGUUUACAAUGUUUUGGACUCCUUGCAUUCCAUGCUUAACUAUUAUAGCACUCAUCCCGAUACGGUGGAUCACAAUCUGAUUUUUGGAGUGCUCAUUGUAAAAGGUGAAAUUGGUGCUUUAAAAACCUACGAUGACGAAGAGAUUAAAAGCCAAAUCGUGUCAAUCUUGGAAUUGUGUGAUAAACUUUUGGAAAAACACCCAUUCGACUGGUCUGUCACGAAAUAUGCUUCAUUUUUCAUGGAUAAACUAUCUGAAGGGAAAGAUACAGAAAACCACUUGUUAAAAACAUCUGCCAUAGAUUAUUCUGUGAACGAGUACUUAGAAUAUGGCUCUCCCUCUCGUAGUGACUCUGACAUGUGUCUCCUCGGGAUGCUGAUAGAUGGUGAAUUUAAGACUGAAUGUGAAACUAUAGAAAAAGAUCCAAAUGCUAAAGGUUAUACUCUUAUUCAUCAAGCAAUCUACUUUACCCUCAAGUCUUACUUGGAUGAAAAAGAAAUUCAGAGUUCAAGAGAAAUAGUUCACAGUUUAUGUGAAAGGAUUUUGACGGAAAACAGACAAAUAAUGAAAAAUGGUUUUCCCCUCAAACUUCAAGAUUUGUUUGUUGAACAGGUGGCUGUAUGUGGACUGAAUCAGUACCGAGAAUUUCUGACAGACAGCACGCUUCGAAUGAUUCUUUCCUUGCAAACAUCCAGAGGUUGCUUCGCCAUGAGAGAAAAACAAAAACACUUGCAAGUGAACUGCCAAACGCACCUUUCUGCUGUUUGCUCUGCGGCGUUGUCCAAUUUUUUACAGUAUAAACUAAAGGCUGGAGCGACAUAAUGAAGUGAACACUAAUCAGGCAGUUUCUAUUCCUUUCUUUAUAUCUCUUUUUAUUUUGUAUCGCUACAAUUUCAUUUCAAUGUGAAAUGAGAUCAGCAUGAUAAAAUAUACUAGUUGUGAUUAUCUUCAAA